AUGUCGCCGACCAAAGGCAGGGACAAUCUGGUGCCGCAGUUCACCUUUCACCUGAACCACAAGGUGCUUCCGCGCAGGGUCACCGUGGGAAAGUACGAUGGACUGCACCCGUGCAUCACCGCAGCCACCGCCUCAGACAAGGUGCUGGUGCACAACAACCAGCAGCAGCGCAGUGGCGACCACUGGGAAGGCUGCGGGGACGUGUCCCUGCUGAACGUAAACCAGACGGUGAGCUGUCUGACGGCUGACUGCAUCAAGCCGGGGGCCAAGGAGGACGUCCUGCUGGUGGGCACGCCCACGGCACUGCUCGCCUACGACGUCGAGAACAACUGCGACCUUUUCUUCAGAGAGGUCGCUGACGGCGCCAACAGCAUGACCACGGGAUACCUGGGCACCCUGCGCAACCCCGUGGCGCUAGUGGGCGGCAACUGUUCCAUCCAGGGCUUCGACCACGAGGGAGAGGACGUCUUCUGGACGGUGACCGGCGACAACGUGCGGGCGCUCGCCUUGUACGACUUCAACAAAGACGGCCUGAAUGAGCUGCUCGUCGGCUCGGAGGACUUCGACAUCCGCGUGUUCCGCGGUGACGUGAUCGUGGCCGAGAUCGGCGAGAGCGAGGCCGUGACGGCGCUGUGCCCGCUGACGCUGGACUGCUUCGCCUACGCACUCGCCAACGGAACGAUCGGCGUCUACCGAGCCACAGAGCGCCUUUGGAGGAUCAAGUCGAAGAGUCAAGCGGUGUGCCUGCACGGAUAUGACAUCGACGGCGACGGGAAGCCAGAGCUCAUCACAGGCUGGAGCAAUGGAAAGGUGGACGCGCGCAGCCUGACCACGGGCGAGGUGGUGUUCCGCGACAGCAUGGCGCACGGCGUGGCGGGCAUCGUGCAGGCCGACUACUGCCUGGACGGACGCGAGCAACUCAUCGUGGUCUCGGUCUCGGGCGAAGUCCGUGGCUACCUGCCGGCCUCGGCUGAGCUCCGACAGCAGAUGGUCGACGCCACCUUCGAGCAGGACACAGUGCGCGAGCUGAGCCGCAAGAAACAGACGCUGAUGCUGGAACUGCGCAACUACGAGGCCCAGUCCAAGGACGGCGACCAGCAGUACGGAUCCAUUCCGGCCAACACGCAACUGAAGACACUCCUUGCUAUCAACUCCGGAUCCGACGGCAUCCCGGUGAGCGAUGCGCAGCCUCAUGUCGAGGUGGCCCUGGAGACGAACAACGAGACCGUCAUCCGGGCGGUGAUCCUCUUCGCCGAAGGCAUCUUUGACGGAGAAGCCUCGUCUUGUGACCACCCGAAGGACGAGCAGGUGCAGUCCGAGGUGAGCCUGCCACUGUGGCCGCCCAAGGACCUGGCCGUCGACCUGCACUUCAAGGUUUUCGUGGGACACCGAGACAGCGACCACUACCACGUGUUCGAGCUGUCGCGGCAGCUGCCCCGCUUCGCCGCCUACCUACUGCUGCCAGAGGGGCCACGUGACACGCCAUUGGGAAGCGUCCGCUUCCGAAUCAACGAAAGGCCACACAGGGUGGCGUCGUGGGUGAAUCAGAACUUCCUUUUGGCCGAGGAGCUGCAGUACCAGGACUCCUUCAGGGUGAGCUUCCUCGCACUGCGAUGCCUGAAGCCGAUCACCAUCGACGUGCAGACUAGCGGGGAGGUGAGCAUCGAGACGGGCCUGAUGGACGUGGCUGCCGACAUGGUGCAGUCGCUAGCCGCGUACCUGGAGAUCGAGGAUCUCGAGUCGAGGGCCCACUCCCUGACGAGUAUGAACGUCUGGGAUCCUGGUCGACAAGGUGGGCGCGAACCUGGGGCCGCGGAGGGCGGCAGACACCGCAGCAGCGGUGCCGACUUGAAUGAAGAGAUCCGUGACGAGCGCCGCCACGACCGCCUGAUCGGAGUCGGUCUGACAGGGGCGGGUCGAAGGCUUGGGCCAGGCGGCACCACCGAAGGGGACAGGACGGCAAGGUCGCCGCCGGACUUCACUUGUGAACCCGCGAAACGGAGCCCGCCGGCAAGGCUCACCGACCGCUCAUCCCGUUUCCCGACGGGCGAGCAGGCCCGGUGUCGGUCGGGGCGCGUUGCACUCACGCGCGGUGUGACCACGCUCAAGAUCUUAUUGGUGGCUAAAGUUCGGGAGCACGAGUCAGCGCGGCUCACCAUCUCGGCCAACAUGGCUGACACAGCGAGCAUAGUGCGUGGCCUGCUGCUGCGCGCCGAGGACUGCCGCCUGCUGCGAGAUUACGACGGUAUGCGCCGCUGGUACCAGGAGCUGCAGACGCUAAACCGUGAGCUGUUCAGUGAUCACCGGGUGCGUUGCCAGAGCCACGAGGAGCUGUCCCGCUGUGUGCGCGCACUCAACCGGGGCAUCGAGAGGGCCUCGGCCCUGCGGGUGGGACGAUACAAGGCCGCCACUGUGGCCGCCUGUCACCAGGCCUUGGCGCCAACUGCCGAGGGGGGCGCCCUGCUGCAAGUGCUCAGCCGAGGAGCGACGGCGUGA